CAGCUGAAUGCGCCGUGUCAGGUCCGAAGUAACGGCCCGAGAAGGCGCGAAAAGUGGGUCUGAGGAUCGGAGGCACAGCCGCCUGUGAGGCCGGCCAGGGGACGGCGGUGCCCGGGUCCCCUCCCCGGUCGCCAUCCGAUCCAGGUCCCGCUCCGCCCACACAGUCUGAUGGCGGCGGCCGCGCCGAGGCACCCAGCUCAGGGCAGUGUGACCUUUGAAGACGUGGCUGUGUACUUCUCCUGGGAUGAGUGGGAUCUCCUUGACGAGGCUCAGAGACACCUAUACCUUGAUGUGAUGCUGGAGAACUUUGCACUUACAUCCUCACCAAGUGGUUGGUUUGGAGUGGAGCAUGCAGAGGCACCUUCUGAACAGAGCAUUUCUGUAGGAGUGUCACAGGUCAGGACUUUGAAAGAAGGUUCAUCUUCCCAGAAUGUCUACCCCUGUGAAGUGUGUGGCCUGGUCUUAAAAGACAUUUUACACUUGGCUGAGCACCAGGGAUCACAUCACAGGCAAAAUCCAUACACAUGUGCAAAACAAUUCUACUUCACAGCAGACCUUCAACAGCACCAGAGGCAGCACAUUAAAGAGUUACCCUUCAGAAGUUAUGUGGACAGAGCCUCAUUUAUAAAGAGCUGCACAGUCCAUGUGUCGGAGAAGCCCUUUACCUGCAGAGAGGUUGGGAAUGUCUUUCUGGCCAGCAUAGGAUUUCCCCACCAACAGGCCACUCAUGUUGGGGAGAAGCCAAAUAACAGUAACAAAUGUAGGGUGGCGUUUCACAGUGGAAAAAGUCAUCACAUCUGGGGAGAAUGCAAGAAAGCCUUCAGCCACACAGACAUGCUUGUUCAGGACCAGAGAGUCCUCACUAGAGAAGGGCUUUUUGAGUGCAGCAAAUGUGGGAAAGCCUGCACACGAAGAUGUAAUCUCAUUCAGCACCAGAAAGUCCACAGUGAAGAAAGGCCUUACGAAUGCAAUGAAUGUGGAAAAUUUUUUACCUACUACUCCAGCUUCAUUAUACAUCAGAGAGUUCACACUGGAGAAAGGCCUUACAAAUGCAGUGAAUGUGGGAAAUCUUUUAGUCAGAUCUACAGCCUAAAUAGCCAUAGGAAGGUUCACACUGGAGAAAGACCUUAUGAGUGUGAGGAAUGCAGGAAAUCCUUUAGCCAAAGGUCUAACCUUAUUCAGCAUCGAAGAGUUCACACUGGAGAAAGGCCUUAUGAGUGCAGUGAAUGUGGGAAAUCUUUCAGCCAAAACUUUAGCCUCAUUUACCACCAGAGAGUUCACACUGGAGAAAGGCCUCAUGAGUGCAGUGAAUGUGGGAAGUCCUUUAGCCGAAGCUCCAGCCUCAUUCACCACCGGAGACUUCACACUGGAGAAAGGCCAUAUGAGUGCAGUAAAUGUGGGAAAUCUUUUAAGCAAAGCUCCAGCUUCAGUUCACAUCGGAAAGUCCACACAGGAGAAAGGCCUUAUGUGUGUGGGGAAUGUGGGAAAUCCUUUAGCCAUAGCUCUAACCUUAAGAACCACCAGAGAGUUCACACUGGAGAAAGGCCUAUUGAGUGCAGUGAAUGUGGGAAAUCUUUUAGCUGCAAAUCUAACCUCAUUAAACACCUGAGGGUUCACACUGGAGAAAAGCCUUAUGAGUGCAGCGAAUGUGGGAAAUCUUUUAGCCAAAGUUCCAGCCUUAUUCAACAUCGGAGAAUUCACACUGGAAAAAGGCCUUAUCAGUGCAGUGAAUGUGGGAAAUCCUUUGGCUGUAAAUCUGUCUUUAUUCAACACCAGAGAGUUCACACUGGAGAAAACUGCUCAUCCUGCCGAAAGUACACCAAUUGUCAGGCUGGAUCAAAAACCCCUCUGCUGGGUCCUGUGCAGGUCCUGAGUCAGAAUGAAGAGGAAUCUUCGACUGAAGACGAGAUCACUGGAAUCAUCUUUGCAGUUGUCAUCUGUUCAUUGCAAGGGGAUCUGCUAAGCCGGGCCACUCAGGUCCAGAGGAAGCCCAAGGCUGAUGGCCUGAUCUGGAUGAUAGUGCAAGCAGGCCAGGCCAUGUCUGGGCCCCGACUUGGCCCCAUCCUUGGUCAACAAGGCAUUUCCAUCAACCAGUUUUGCAAGGAGUUCAAUGAGAAGACAAAGGACAUCAAAGAAGGUAUUCCUCUGCCCACUAAAACUUUUGUGAAGCCUGACAGGACAUUUAAAAUCAAGAUUGGACAAUACACUGUAUCCAACUUCCUGAAGGCAGCUGCAGGGAUUGAUAAGGGGGCCCAGCAGACAGGGACAGGGGUGGCAGGCCAGGUGAUCUUGAAGCAUGUGUGUGAGAUCGUCCACAUCAAAGCUCAGGGUGACAACUUUGCCCUGCAGAGCAUACCCCUGUCCUCUGUCGUCUACUCCGUCAUCAGCUCUGCCCAUUUCUCAGGCAUUUGCCUGGUGAAGAACCUCAGUUCAGAAGAGCUGGAAGUUUCUAGAGAUAGCGAGACUCGCUCCUGGCUGCUCAGAAAGAGGCAGAUUUGGCAACCCAGGCAGAAGCUGCCAAGCAGUGACCCCUGCCCAUUAUACUGCAUGAUUUUGAAAGAAGCAGCUGGGAAAGGGGCCAAACUAUCACUAAGAAUGGCUUUAGAUCUCAGAAUCUCAUUCCAAUGUGAACCAUCCAGAAAUGAUCUGGAGUCAGAAAAUCUGGAGUUUAAACCAACCCAGGGAACUGCUGUCCAGAGGGAAGAGGGGAUCUCUGAGUGCUCAAGCACUCAGCUCAACUCAUUUCAAAACAGCAAUAACUCAUUUGCAAAGCAGGAACUGCAAAGACUCCAUGAAUUUUUUCACUCAUGGCUGCAGCCAGAAAAGCACAGCAAAGACGAAAUUAUUUCUCAAUUGAUCCUAGAGCAGUUUAUUAUUAGUGGGCACUGCAGUGACAGGUCCACUUUGAAAGAGAAAUGGGAAUCAAAUGGCAGAAACCUGGAGAAAUUAAUGGAAGAAUUGACUGAUGAUUGUAUGAAGCCACCUGUCUUCGUCCAUGUCCACAUGCAGGGACAGGAAGCCCUUUUUUCUGAGAAUAUGCCAUUAAAAGAAGUCAUUGUUCAUCUUACAAAACAGUUGUCAGCAGGAACCCCAACCGGAGAGAACAUUAAGACACCCUUCCAGACUCCCCAAGAUACUGCCCAAGAAACAGGACAAGGAGAUGAAGAUAAAGAAGAUAGCCACAUUUCUCUGAAAAUUUGUCAAGUAAAUUACGGUGUUAAUAGUCAAGGAAAUCAAGUAUCUUCCCUUCAUACUCUCCAGCAAGGGAACUGCCCUGGGCCUGCAGAGGAAGGUGUUUCUUAUGAGAACCCUCACAAUACCAGCAGAGCAGGACUGGGCACCUCCAGGUCCCAGGAAGGGUCCCUUCAAGGACCCACUUAUCACGAUGUCCCUAAGGAGGUAAAAUCAAGGUUUCUCUUAGAGCCAGACCAGAUUUCCCCUGAGCCUGUACCUACCCACCAGAGCAUUAAGAGAAACUCCUCAUGUGAGGGGGAACGAGAAAGAGUCAACAGAGCCCCCAAAUUUUACAAAUGUGGGGAAUGUCCCAAGAUCUUUAGAUAUCCGUCUCAUUUAUUAGCCCACCGGAGAAGACACAGGAAUGAGAGGCCAUUUGUCUGUGCUGAGUGCCACAAAGGCUUCUUCCAGGCAUCAGACCUCCACGUGCAUCAGAUGAUUCACAGAAGAGAGAAGCCUUUCACGUGCAGCCUGUGUGGAAGGUGCUUCAGCCACAAAACCAACCUGCAGGCUCAUGAGAGGAUCCACACAGGAGAGAAGCCCUAUAUGUGUUCCUUUUGCCAGAGAAGCUACCGCCAGUCAUCCACCUACCACCGCCACCUGAGGAUUCACCAGAAAGUGACCCGCAAGUGUCUCCCCUCCACACCAGAAGAUUCCUCUGCUACUGCCCUGAUGUAAUGUGUGUAACUAUAUAUGGGUGUGUGUAUAUUUCUGUAAUACUUGCCUAUUGAGAAUAUACCAUGUAAUUUCCUGAUUAAGCUUGCCAUUUAUUGUCUCACUUCACUAAAAC